ACAUGUGAAUUGUCAACUUAGAACUUGGUUCGCAUAUAUAUAAAUAGUGGUUCAAGAGUUGUUGUUCAUCUUUCCACUCAAGAACAACAAUUUAGCACUCAAAUGGAACAAGUUCAAAACAAACAGAUCAUACUAAAGGAUUACGUUAAUGGCUUCCCUAAGGAAUCCGACAUGCCCCUCAUUACUUCCUCCAUCAUCCGCCUCAACCUUCCAGAAGGUUCUAACGCCGUUCUUGUCAAGAACCUUUAUCUGUCGUGUGAUCCGUACAUGCGUGGUAGAAUGAGCAAAUCUAAAGGAAGUUACAUUGAUUCUUUCACUCCUGGUUCGCCUAUACAGGGGCUUGGAGUAGCGAAAGUCCUCGAUUCGGGGCAUUUAAACUUUAAGAAAGGCGACUUAGUUUGGGGAAUGACCGGAUGGGAAGAAUACAGCAUUAUCAACGCGUCCGAGAUUCUAUUCAAGAUUCAGGAUUCUGAUGUGUCUCUAUCAUAUUAUACAGGAAUUCUUGGAAUGCCUGGUAUGACCGCUUAUGUUGGUUUCUAUGAGAUUUGUGCUCCAAAGAAAGGAGAGUAUGUAUAUGUUUCAGCAGCUUCGGGAGCAGUUGGUCAGCUCGUUGGUCAGUUUGCAAAGUUGUCAGGAUGUUAUGUCGUUGGGAGUGCUGGUACAAAAGAAAAGGUUGAUCUGUUGAAGAAUAAAUUUGGAUUUGAUGAGGCUUUUAACUACAAGGAAGAGCAAGAUUUAGAAGCAGCUCUAAAGAGGUACUUUCCCAAUGGCAUUGAUAUUUACUUUGAGAACGUUGGAGGUAAGAUGUUGGAUGCAGUACUCCCGAACAUGAGAUUUAAUGGUCGGAUUUCAGCUUGUGGAAUGAUUUCACAAUACAACGUACAAGGGGAUGGGGUACGCAACCUUGGUCAUAUAGUAACAAAAACUUUGCGUAUGCAAGGGUUCAUUGUGAGUCAUUACUAUCACAUGUAUUCAAAGUAUAUGGAAAUGAUUAUGCCUUUGAUCAAACAAGGGAAGAUAUGUUACAUUGAAGAUAUUGUUGAAGGGCUCGAGAGCGCACCUGCGGCUUUGGUUGGGUUGUUCUCCGGAAGAAACGUUGGGAAGCAAGUUGUGGUUGUGGCUCGGGAUUGAGUUGGUACCCAUAUCUUUAGGCUUGAUCUUUGUAUCAAUAUGUAUUACUAUCUCUAUACUAAUAAAUAAAAAUAAAGUAUAUUUGAUU